AUUUAAUUAUAAACAAGGUUUGAAAUGGAAAUAAAUUAAAUACCCAAUGAACUUUCCUUGUUUAGACUUUGCGAUAGUUAAAAUGUUGUUACUCAUUAUUUAAUUCACUCAUCACUAUUGUGGAUUACGUGGAUAAUCAUAAAUUGACCAUAAAAAAUGGUGGAGAAACUGUCAAAUUCGUAUAUAAAUGAAGUGGGCAGCGAACGUCCCCCUUUUCUAACCUCAAAAAUGCGCGAGAAGUGUUAACAUUCUGAUGGUGAAGUGAGCUAAUUUUAUCAUUUAAUUGGUGUUAAAGUGAACGGAUUGCCACAAUGCCUUCCAAGAAAAGAAAAUACAAUGCAAGGUUUCCAGCCGGGCGAAUCAAGAAGAUUAUGCAGACUGAUGAGGAAGUGGGGAAAGUUGCCCAGGCAGUGCCAAUCAUAAUCUCGCGAACAUUGGAGCUGUUUGUGGAGUCUCUGCUCAGCAAGGCAAUGCAGGUGACGAUGGCGCGGCACGCGAAGACCCUCAGCCCUUCGCACGUUAAGCAGUGCAUCCUGGCAGAGUCCAGGUUCGACUUCCUUAGGGAUCUGGUGAAGAAUAUCCCAGAUGUCUCAGUGGCGGAAGAAAAAGAAAUGAUGAGUGCUGAAAGCUCUCCGAAUUCUUCUAGAUUUUCGGACAUGCCCGUCCCUCCCCGGCGGAUAGCGCGGGAAGAUUCCAACAGUUCGAGCAGUAGUGACGUCAAAAUAGUACCUUUACAACCGCCCCGGGACCCCGUGCGGAGAGCACUGUCCACCGAGACGGAACCCCCAAGCAAACUAGCGCGAACCGAGACCGUCACCUCAACCUCACUAGAUACAGCCAUAGACCUAUCAAAGAAGUCAACAGAAGAAAAACCGGUUGUUACCGCAAACUUUUACCAAGAGACGUUAUUAACCGACGAGGUCCAACACAGAAGUGUGAUCAAGCUCAACCCUACGUACUCAAGUCCUCAACCGUCAACGAGUUACACUCCCGAACCUCUUAAAAUAGACAUGGUGCCAAAGCCAGCGGUGAUAGAGAAACCAAUUGUAGCACCUAGGACUCCUGUCACGCCAAUCACGCCUAUACUAAAUAUAGAUUUUACGAAAAAUUUAACAAAUCCAGAGAUAAAGUUGCUCGACACUGCUGCUAUAGUCAGUGUACCUAAAAAAGAGAAUUCUUUACGACAAAUCCAUAGGCAAAACUCCAAAUCGGGUAGGCCCGAAGUGAAAAAGAUUGAAAUUAAGCCGAUCCAGGCGCCCCCAGUUGAUAUAGACAGUUUGAAUUCUGGAAAUCUACAGAUCGAUGAAGACUAUGAUACCUGAGUAUGUAUGUAAUUUUGUUUUUGUUUUACGUUUUUUUUGGUGCGAUAUUUGUUGUCCGUAUUCGAUGUUUUAAUGUUUAGGUUUUAACUAAUAGUUAUGUACUCAACGACUUAUGAUUUGACUUGUUGACACGGAGUAUUAAAGAAUGGAGUGCCAGGUUCUAGGUACAUGAUAUUUUGUCUUGAAAAUAAAAACGCCUUAACUUUUCAUUUGGUGUUAAAGUCGAACACUAUGUGUCCAUAAAAAGCCCAAUGCGUUAAGUAAAAUAAUAGUUUCUCAUCUUUGACUUUAAUACUUUGCAAUGUAUUUUCAUGAUGGUUGUCAACAAGCUUUUAAAUCGCUCUAUUUUAUUUCGUCAUUCACAAAAGGUAUCGAAUAUUUGUAUAAUGUUUAUAAGGAUUUUUAUUAUCAUAUUUGUAAUGUGUUAUUUUUUUAUUGCAACAAAUAACAUGAUUGUUAUUAAAUUUAUUUUAAUUGCGGAUAAUGAAUAUCGCGGUCCAGUCAAGUUGUUUACCAAUUUAGAUUUAUGAAUGGUAAGUUUUCAAAUGUAAUAUGUUUUUAUAGGCGAUAGAGUGGGGUAUUCGUAAAUAUGUGAUUUUCAGUUUGCCUAGUCUUUUAGUAGAAGCAUUAAAAAUAAAGUUGCUUAUUUGAAAAGCACCUUUUGCACUAUCAGUCGUAAGAUUUCAAUAUACUGCGAUCGCUCAAGUUAGGGUUAAGCAAAUAAACAUGGGUCUUUUUUUGAAAAAAUAAUAAAUUUUACGAAUACCCCACUUUUUCGCUAUUCGCGUGAGUAACGUUUGUUUUCUCUGUCAGAUUGAGAUUGUUUAUUUUAGUAUCACAUUAUGUCUAACGUAUAUGUUUCAUUGUAAAAUAUUAUAUGUCAUAUGUGAGCUUGAUUAUGUAACGAUGACAUUAAAAAGGGACUGUUAUGUAAUUUAUGUGUAGUAUGAAAGAUAAAGUAAGCAAAUGUGCAAACAUUUCAAAGUCUUAAAACCUAAGAGACAACUUCCUGAAAGUUGGGUAAAAAAAGUUUUGUAAAGGCGAAUUUUUUGCCGAUUGUACGUGCUGCAUUGUUAAGCUGGCAAAAUAAUUGUAAAUAAAGAAAUAAAUGCUAUAACAAAAUUUUAGUUUUUUGUUUAUUAAGCCACAGAGUAGUUAACAAAUGGAUGGUGCAAAUACUUGGAAACAAAUAAGUAAAUGUGAAUCUGUAUAAUACUGUUGAUUCCAUAGUCAUACAUUUAGCUUGGUAAAUACGACAGUUUCCAUUGAGCACUCCAUUUGUUAUUUAUUCCGUGUUGGUAGAAAUACAAAGAAACUGGAAUUAUUUUUGUCUCGAAAUAUUUAAAGUGAUUGAGACAUAAUUCACAUUAAAGAAACAAGCGCCCAGUUUUAUAGAAGGUUAAAAUAAAUUGUAAUGCGAAUGAGAGUGAAAAUGUUUAUAAAAGAAUGAACAAGAUUGUGUCGACAAUAUAUUGUGCAGUCAGCAUCAAAACCAAUAGUUUUAAUGUCAACGAAAACUUACUAAUAAUUAUAAAAAAAUGUAUUUAGAACAACGAUUGCUUCCUACUAAAAUCUUCAAAAAUGCAAAAAAAUGCUGUUGACUGUACAGAGAGAUAAAAUAUGAGAUUGGGGAAGAAAAUUGUUGGAAAAAUGUGUGAUUAAAGGUGAAUUUUCAGUGUACUAUGCAAAGCCUAAACUUCUCGAAAAGAUAAUAGAUACAAAUUACUGCUAGUCCUAAUUUGCAUCACAGGCGAAAAUUCGUGUACAUGUUUGUUACAUGCUGUUGUGCAAACAGCUGAACGGAUGAUGAUGAUGAUUGGCAGUAAUGUAGCUUAUAAAUCAGAAUAGUAUAUUGGCUACUAUUUAUCCUGCCAGAGGAAGUAGUUCCCUCAGGAAAGCGUAAAAACGGCUGGCGAAAGACUAGUUUAUCAAUCGAAAUAAUUUCCUAACUCUGUUCACUUUGCAUAGUUCUACUGAAAACUCACAAACUGCCGAAUGGUCUGAACAUUGUGUGACAAAAUGUAUAACUAUUGUAUAUUAUACUGUUCUGAACAUAGUUUGUAUAACAGAAUGUUAGAAGAACGUGCUUUACUGAUUAUAAAAUUCUUACCUGCUGCGAGGCCAAAUAUGCACGAAUACUUUUUAUAUUGCUAUACAGCAUAGCUUUUUCAUGAGACCACAGACUUAGGGUCCGUUCAAACAGACCGGCUCGGAGAGCAUCGGCGCGCAUUUUUCUUUUCACACAGACCGGAAUCAGCUGAAAGAGCAUGCAAUCGGAGCCAGACAUCUGAAAGACCGAGAAAAAGUACGCGAUCUGAGCCGGUCAGCUUCUCUUAUCAUUUCACACCGAGCGCCUUGAGCAUUCUUAAUGACAAAAGCAGUGCACAUGCAAAAAUAAACCUUACUACAAAUACUAAGUACCUACUCAAUUUUCAACGUGUUAAGAAUUUGCUCUCCUCUCCGAGCCUGUCUGUCUGAAUGGACCCUUAGGCUGCAUUCAAACCAAACUGACUGUCAGUCGCCGAAUGUCAGCGUCUAUGAAUAUUAGGUACGCAUAACAUAGGUAUCGUCGGUUAGAUAUGAACGAAAAAGUGAAUAUGUAUAGAAAUACAAUAAAUUGCGUAACGUUCGCUCACAUUCGUCGGCUGUUAGUCAAUUGGGUUUGAACAUCCUUAGCUGUAUUUUUGUCAUAGGAAUGACCUAUCUGUUCAAUUUCACAAAAUACCUACUAGGCUUAUGGCUGGUGUAUUCUAAGAAAAGCUGUGGUCUUAUUUUCGUAUCUAAAUGUUGUAAAAACAUGACUUAUAAAGGCUACUUUUAGCUUCUUAAGUAUUUGAGAUUUUUAUCACGUUAUUGCGUUUUCAUUUUUGCAAAUAUCCAAUUGAAUGAAUUAUUUGAAAGAUUUUCAUAUUUUAAAAUGAUUCUUGCAUGCUUUUUGGCAUACAUUUUCCCGCGAAGUUUUCACUUUUUUACAAAUCUUGUGUAUAAAAUAGGAAUCUUUACCUUAAACCCCGUUUUGAAUGGGAUCUGCGUCCAAAAAUAAGCAAUAUGUAUAAAAGUGUGAUUGUACGAACGUUAGACUUUGUGUACAAUGCUAAAUGUAUGUUAUAUGUUGUAAAUUAUGAUUAGAAAUACAAUUGGUGAUACGUA